AUGGAACAGGAUACCCUCAACUAUGAUAAGCCUAAUGCUUAUGAUACCAAUACCAAUACCACUUCAACACUACCGCAAGAAGUCGUUGAUGAUUUCAUCAUUCGUGCUCAUUUCAUUAAUGGCAAACUUCCAGAUGUUAAAACCAACGAUGAUGAUGAUGUGAAUUCAGUAACAACCUCUUUACUUUCUCAACAACCUUCUUCAACAACAUCACUUACUACGACCAUCAUUAACCCUAUCACCGAUCAUGCGCAGAUAGUACUCCCUCAACAACAAGUGGCAACACUUUUACAACAAUCACUUCAUAAAAUGCACAAUAAUAAUAAAGAACAUAUCUUAUGUUACGAUAUCUAUAAGGUUUCACUCUUAAAACCUCAAGAACACGACAUCUUCAUGAAUGAUGUCUUGGUUUAUCAAAAGCGACAACCUCAUUGUUAUUCUUGGGGUUUUCAAAAUGUUUUGUAUCUGUCCAAUAUCAAAAUAGCAGAGGCAAGGAGACGAGCGUUUAAUAAGGAAAUUACGAUUGAAUGGGGAUUGUUUGAUUCUUCCACAACACUAUCCAACCCACUCCAUAAUAGCACACAGUCUCAUUUGUUAUUUAUUUAUGAGACAGAAUUCGAAGGUUAUAGCUUAAGAUGGAAGAGAUCCAGUUUGUUAUCACAUGACUUGACAUGUCAUAUAAAGAUAGGAGACAAAUGGAAACUGUUGGCUUCCUUUGAUAGUCAUCGUAUGGGCUAUUUAAUUCAUUUGGGUAAACUCACGCUAGAUAAGCGUCUACUUCAAAAUGAAUACUUGGAAUCCCAUUUAUUAAUUACUUGUUGUACCUUAAUUGAUUUAAUGAGAGAAGUUGUUGAAAAGGCGGUUGGGUUAAAUAAACAGGGAGGUGGUGUUGUAGGUAGUGAUUAA